CUCGAGUUUAUCGGGCAUCAACUCGUACCCUAGGCUUUGCAUCCCUGGGGAGGGGGAGGAGCCAGUUUCUUUGCUUUUGAGUCGAUGGCUGCUGUAGCAUAUCCCCGCUGAAGCUUUCUUCGCCCAGACCUGCGCCUGUGGCCAUGUCUGAUAUCGGCAGCGGAGGGCUGCACCACAUGGACCAACGUGUUUCCGCGUUGCCCAGCAGCUCUCAUUGGACCCACUAGUGUGCUCGGACACCAGCCAGCAGUGUCGCCAGUCGAGUCGCCGGACGACUGCAGGCGGCAGAAGGCAUCUGUGUGUUUGGUCUCGCCAGCCUCUCCCGUCCCCUUUGUGUGUGUUGAGUGGCGGCCUUUGUGCUGACUGAGGGUGUUGUGGUGCGCCGGUGCGAUGCCGAUAUCGCGUUUCAACGAAACGGGGCUCAAGCCCCUCCCGACCUCCGACGAGCCGCUCGACGUCGACAUAGAGGUACGCCCGGUGCGUCGCUGGGUCCAGGGGCGCGUGCCGUCAGUCAGGAUACCGUUGUGUGCGGUGUCUGUGUGUUUGUGGGCGUGCAGACGUUUCCCGACUUCGACCACAUGCUGUAUUACUUUGAGUUUGCGUACAUCGGCGAAGCUGGGCGAGGCGGGUACGUACCCACACGACGACACGGAGACAGACAGACAGACAGACGCACUCACUCAGGGACCACCAAGUCAUCCAUCCAUUCGUGUGUAUGGGGGGGUGCCAUAUGUCUGCUGUCUCUGCCUCAGCAAUGGGUUCCUGAUCAAGGUGGAGCACAAGUUCAACACUGGCCAGCUGUGGGCCGUCAAGGCCAUCCCGCGCAGCUCGUUCGGGUCUGUAUGCUAUGCCACACAACACGCCACAGGACGCCACACCAUAACGUCCCUCUCCCUCCCUCCCUCAUUCAUUCAAGUGUGUUGUCUUGUGCACAUUACAUUGUGUGUGUGCAAGGAGGCGCCAGGCCUGUGCACCGAGGCCGAGUUUGCCUCGAAGUACGCCCACCUCGUCCGGCUGCCCCUCUGCAAAAACCUCUGUGCCAUCACUGACGUCGUCCAGGACGACACCUGGUUCUAUGUCGUGAUGGAUUUCGCUGAGGGCGGGGUUUGCCCAGACGGACCGCUUCCCGAGGACGACGCCAGGCGCAUCGCAAGGGACAUAUUCAACGGCCUCGAGAUGCUGCACUCACAUGGCGUAAGCAGCCAGCCAGGGAGUGAGUGGGUGGAUGUAGGAGGGAGCCACCAACUACUGUACUGUGCGUGUGUGUGCAGCUGACCCACGGUGACGUGUCGCUCAACAAUAUUAUGAAGACGGGCAAGGACAAGCGCGAGAGAUACAUGUUGGUCGACUUCGACAACGUAUUGACGCCCACCAGCCCCAAACCAAUCUCUGUCAUCGGCACACCCAAGUUCCUCGUAAGCCACUCAUCCAACCCACAGACACGCACACACGCACACACACACACACAGACACAGACACUGCAUCUGUUGAUCUCUCUGUGAGUGUGGCGGGCACUGGCAGGCCCCUGAGGGCAUCUCGCGUUUCGAGUAUUCUCCCGCCAGCGACAUGUGGGCCAUGGGCGUCGCCAUGUACGCACACACACACACUGUCAACACACACAUGACACCCAUGUGUAUGUGUGGUGUGUUGUGGUGUGCAGCUAUCAGUUGCUGACGGGACGGUAUCCGUUCAACAUACGAGACGACGGCGCCAUCGACGAAGGCCGACUGCUGUGGAAGAUGCAUCGGGUGGGUGGGGGGGUGAGCGAUCCAUCCAUCCAUCCAGCCGUCCAGCCGACCAGCCGACCAUUCAUUCAUUCAUUCUGUCUGUCGUGUGUGUCCAUUUGGGUGCGGUGCAGGGCGUUUACUUCUACCCGCACGACGCCGUGUCGCCGCUGGCUAAGGACCUGGUGCGGAAGCUCUUGACGGCGGACCCUGACAGCCGCAUCCAAUCAGGUGCGGUGGACACGUGAGAGUCGUGAUUCUCUGACACACACGAGUGUGUCUAUGUGUGUCCGUCUGUCUGUUCGUGUGUGUACAGCGUCUAAGGCGUUAGAGCACCCCUGGCUGAGUGCGGCCGGCAACCCCGAGCCCACCCACUCUUCGCCAUGCCCUCCCUGUAGCGACGAAUGAGUUUGUUGUGAUGGGCAAGGAGCCACACGCCAGGCCUUCCUUCGUGUGUGCGGCCGGCAAGUCAGUGCAGACAGAGAGGCAGUCGUGGUGCGUGGGAGAGAGGCCUUCGUGUGUGUGUUGGUUGACGCAUGCCUUUGGGGGGUUGGGGUGUUGUGCUAUGCGUGCUGACAGCGUCCAUCGAUGGAUGUUUGUAUGUGUACAUAUGGUGUCCUCAUUCAUGUGUGUGCGCUGAGAUGCGUCCGUGUGUGUGUAUAGCGAUCGACCGACCGUGGGCGUGGGCAGACGUACUCGUCAAUCUGUGUGCAGCUGGUCAUCCCUGUAGCCAUUUGGAGAGUCCACCACGGAUGGGUCCUGUCCAGCCAUGCAGGCACGACG